AUGGGGCAGUCUGGGCGCGGGACUCCGCGCAAGCGUGGGCGUCCGUCAAUCUUGAAGAACUACGGGGACCCGAUGAAAAGCCCGAUGGCAUACUCGUCGCUACAGGUGCAGCGGUCGGCGCAGAGCUUCAACAAGCCGCUGAUGCGGAUUCCGGCAGCGAGCUCGGCCGGGGGCAAGUUCAAGACGCCGGUGCGCAAGACACGGGAGGGGUCGGGGACGAUCUCGUUUGCAGAGCGGGGCUCGCCGCCGUCAUCGAGCGAGUCGGGCGGAUCGCGGGGGACGCUGCGGUUCCGCAGCGUGGUGGUGGAUACGCCGCGCAAGGGGGGCAAGGAGUCGCGCGCGUCGUCGCCGCUGACGCCGUGCGACAACGUGUUCUCGUCUGCGUCGCGGGCGCCGCGCAGCUCGCCGCCAGCGGCGGCGGAGUCGCCCCUGCGCAAGCGGCCGGCGGAGCAGCGGUUCAAGUUUGCGCUGAGCAUUGACGAAAGCGGCAAGGCGUGCAUCUCGGGCGUGGCGGAUGCGAUCACGUGCGCGCCGGCGAGCGCGGGUUCGCUUCUGCCGUCGGUGAAGUUCGACAAGCGGCGCGUGCUGGGGCUGCUACGGCAGAUGUCCAAGAAGCCGGCGGCCGGUGAGGCGGCGGCGGAGGUGUGCUCGGCCGGCAGGCCCGCGGAGCCGCCGGCGCCGGAGUGGCCGCCGUGCUCGCCGCAGCCGAACGCGUCCGCGAUCCCGCUGACGCCGCGCUGCGCGUCGGUGUUCCAGUUCAAGACGGGCUUUACGCCCUGCAACGUGUCGAUCGACGAGCUGCUCCGCAGCCCGCAGGUGAAGACGGCGGGCGACAAGCUGCUAAUCUCCUCGUACACGUCGCCGGGGCCGUACGCGUCAGGCAUCGCGCAGGACCGGUACGUGUUCAAGGUGUCAUCGGGGGACCCGCUGCUGAUGAACGACGACGACUCGGAGCUGCUGGGUCAGGUAGGCCACGAUCCAGCCGAGCUGUUCCACGCGGCCCACUCGCCGCGGCGGCCGAUCUGCUUCAACACGCCGCCUUCCUGGGUGAACGUCGGGUCCCCCCCACACUCGGCCUCGGUGCUCAAGCUGGACCAGGCGCAGCUCUCCAAGGCUGAUGAGCAGCCAUUGGGGGCGGAGCCGCUUGGCGGAGAAAGGGAAACCCCGUUCCAUUAUACCCCGUUGAUACAGCAGGCGAUGUCGGGCACCUUUUCCAAGUACCACGCGCCUGCAGAUCUUCACAGUGCCGCGGUCGUGGUCCCGGAGAUGCACGCGGCAGAGAAAAGGACUUUACCUAUCGAAUACGACGAUGCUAGGUUGGCUCUCAAGAAACUAAUUAAGAGAGAAUGA